CUAGUUUAUAGCCUCUCAGUCCAAAGCCUCUUUGUCUUAUAAAGCGCUCCACCUGUUCGCUAAAAUUCCUGAGAGAGAAAGGUAGGGAGAGGGGACGGCGAUGAAGGUGGAGCGGAUCCGGCAGAUCGCGCAGCUGAAGCAGGUGAUGCGGCGGUGGCGGGCGCUCAGCCUCCGCCGCCGCCUCGUCGAGGAUCCACCCCCGGGUUUCCUCGCCGUCUACGUGGGGGAUGAUCGGCGGCGCUUCGUCAUCCCCGCUCGGUUCCUCAAUCUCCCGGUCUUCGCCGCCCUCCUCCAGCGCGCGGAGGAGGAGUAUGGCUUCCCCGGCUCCGCGGCCGGGGGCCUCGCCCUCCCCUGCGACCCGGCCUUCUUCGGUUGCGUCCUCGACGCUCUCCAUCUCGACGAGGCUCGCUUCCGCAACUUACCCCUCGACGCCUUUCUCGCGCUCUUCGCCGACCGCGGCCGCGCCGCCUCUUCCUCUCCUUGCCGGGACUCGUCCUCGUACAACAGCUUCUCACCUCUACUCCCCAAAGCCAAGGCUCGAUGACAAUAACCAUCUCACAUUCUCUCUCCAUCUAGUUUAUUUAGCGUUCAUCCAUGGCUCCUAACGGAUCUACUCCCCAAAGCCAAGGCUCGAUGACAAUAACCAUCUCUUUCUCUCUCCAUCUAGUUUCUUUAGAGUUCAUCCAUGGCUCCUACGGAUCUCCGAUGAGAUGUGAUCCUUCCUUUUCCCCGUCUUUUUCUGGAAUUAUAAAUCAGGAGUUCUGAUGGAGAUUUUUUUCCCCCUCUUUCUCUUUCUUUUUUUUUUCUUUUUUUUUUUGUGAAUUAUAAAUCAGGAAUUGGAACCGGAUGAACCCUGAUGUGCACGAUCUACUGAGAUGUUCUACUCUGAUUAGAACACAUUCACAGCAGCGAUACCAAUGGAAAGAUGGAAAAUGGAAAUGCAUGCGCAGAGAAAUGCUAUUAAGAAGAUAGAAGGCGACGGUAGUUAUUGAAUCUCAGUUCAAAGGGUAGUAACUACUGUUCAGCCACGAGUUGAUUUUGCUAUCCACUAUUACAUGGUCCGCCGGCACGCCCUCGUAGCCGCCGAUGUCCAUCGCCUCCGCAAACCAAUCAUGAGUCGGGACCACCACCACCUCCUUUCCCUUGCGCUCCUCC